CUCUCUGUACCUUUGGGCAACUUUGGUAGACGAGCACGACGGUCCGCUAGCGACGCGAUCCCCUUUUGCAGCACGACUCGCCCUUUUGCAGUGCACACACAGCGGUGCCCUCUGCGACUCGGCCGGCGAGACAGCUCCAGGACGCCCCUUGCCCGCCCCCGAACCCGUCCUCACCGCCGACCGCUGCUCCAUCGAAAUGUCCACAUAGCCUGAGCCGCUCCCCAAGCUCGUCGCUUGGAGACCCGUCUCGCGCAGCCCGCCUACUCGUGCUGGCACUGGCUCCGACUGUGAUCCGGUAGCUGCGUGGUGCUGACCAUGUCUGCGCAGCCUGUGCGAUCGGGGGGGACCGCCAUGGACGCCCACCACCCAGGCUCGAACGCGUCCGAGGACUCGAGCGGCUCGACAGACGACCGCGUGCGCAAGUUCCAGAAGACGGGCGACCACGGCAGCCGGCUGCGCAAGACGAGCGCCUCCAACGCCGUCUCCGCCGCACGGCCCGGUCUGCCCGACCACAAGCCGCUGGGCUCGCAGAGGCGGACGGCAAAAGUGCCUCUGGGGCCUCGGGGCCCGCCGCAGGACUUCCACAAGCACCGCGUUGCCAGCGCCACCCUCGAGAGCCGUCCGCACCUGCCUCCCACGAGGGCCGCGCCCACGUCGAACCCCGAGCCGCGUUCCAGCCUCGCCCAGCAGCCACAGCAGCAGCAGCAACAGCAGGCGCAGCAGCAGCAGCAGCAGCAGGCCACCGACGACUCCGCCGAGAGCGGCGCGUACGACUUCCUGCCCGCAGUCAACUUCGACGACUUCGCCAACAGCCUGAGCUACGAGCCCGCCCUGAGCGACUUCCCUGUGCCUGGCAGCUUCAAGAGCACUGCACCGCCGAGCAGCACCACGGUGAACAUGCAGCCAUUCACCGCGGGCCCGGGCGACUCGCGGCCCGCACGCAGCAACUCGUUCAUGCGCCGCUUCAGCCAGUCGAACACGCGCAGGCCAGGCUCCACCAACCUCUCCAAGGCGCCCGCUGCCAACGCUCCCGUGUUUGCGGACAGCACAGCGAUGCCACCUCCCACUACCAACAUGGCCAUUCGAACGCGGCGACAGAGCCACUUCCCAGCGCCCACUGAAACGACCCCCGCAGCACGUGCCCGAAAGAGUGUGGGCCCAGGAAUGCUGCCAAUGGGCACGUUUGAAGGGCGCAGCGACAUGCCACGAAUCACCAGCAGCAGCAUUGCCCCGAACGGACUCGGGCGUUCGCCGUCCAAGAGCAAGGGCAAUCGACGAGAGACGCUGGCCGCAACCUCCAACCCACCGAAUGCUACACAACGACUCCCGAGUGCGACACGGACUGCAAAGGCGAAGUCGCUGCAGCCACCGUCGAGACAAACAUCUGGCCAGCACCUGUCUGCUCAUUCGCUGACACCAGAUCAAGGAUCUAUGCCUGCAUGCAACGUUCGCUCGCCGGGCAAGUCGCCUGCGCAGGCUCAGCGUGAGCACACGCCUUCCUCGUCUGCCAGUAAACGGCAGUCUACCGUGUCCCAUCACUUUGGCCUAGGAGCGAGGACGAUCAGCCCGACUGAUGCGCGAAGAUUGAAGCGUCUCUCGAUGAAUCCAAACAUGCCCAUGCCGGGUGGCCCAGUUGGGCCUCCCACGCCACAGGGCGAGUUCUCCUUUGACGACCGAGCUUUCAGCCAGUCUCCGGGCAUUUCGAUCCGGAAGAGCGACACACCGUCCUCUGCGCGUGGAACGCCCGAGCAGAACCGCAAAUCGUACGCUUCAGGCAUCUCUUUGUCCUCAACAUCCAGCAUCAAUUCUUUGAAGGUUGGCGGUUCUUCAAUACCACUGCGUACUAACGCUACUUUGCAAAGCUCUAGAUUACCCACGGCGAAGCCACGAAACGUUCACAGCUCCGCUGGCGAGGCCCCAGAGGACGUGCCGCCCGUACCUGCCAUCCCCAAGGCGUACGAAUCACCCAAAGACCCCGAUCGCCAGACAUUCUCCUUCUCGACUGCUGGGGUGAAGCCAAGCACGCCAUCUUCGACGUCAAGCCAACCACCUCCUGCGAACCAGUACAUGUAUGGGGCACGGGGGGCUGAGCGUGUCAGCAACGGCACGUCACAACUGAACUCCAGCACUGGCUCGAUUAGGCAUCGACGAGGACUUACAGUUGGUGCCAAUGUGGACGCCGAUCGAACACCGACGAUGCAGCAUUCGAGCAAGAAGGAUCUACAGCCGAUCAGACUGCCACCGCUGAACCUGUUGCCUCUCGACACACCGGUCAGCAACCGCAUCUCUUCAUUCUCGGCCCCUUCCAGGGAGGCUUACAAGCACAAUGUCACGCCACCACCAAAGCGGGGAGCCAAAACACCCAGCACACCCAUGACGGCUUCCAAGACAAGCUUCUUUUCUGGGAGCGGCUACAAUGGGUACGACUUUGGCAAGCACAUCCGCAGCAGCAGCUCUGCGAUCAACCUGCGAGGCGGCAGUCAGGAGGUUGCAAAGGAUAAGACACAUGGUGGACUGUCGGCAAUGCCAAUCCCAACCUUGAACCCGGGGCGACAGGCCACAACACCCUUCUCUUCAAACUCUCUGCCCAAAGGCAGCGGCGAGUUCACUCGUCUCCAGUCCCGUCCCAGCGGCGAAUUUCAGUCCAACGAAAAGGAUGUCGAGCUGCAGAGCAUGAAGACUGCAGGCCCGCGUCCGCUGAAGAAGAGCAACACUGCGGAAUCUACGCAAACAUCCAACUCGACGGACCCAGAGACUCCUUCGUCAGCCACGUCAGGACUGAGGCGCAAAUUGAGUUUGGGCGGCUGGCGGCGCAGUGGUUCCAAAGCUGCAUCGCAUCCUUCGCAAAACCAGCAGACUCGCAAGGGCGCUCAGCAGGCCGAGGCGUCUGCUCCGCCACCACCCAAGCAUGGCGAUAUGCCACCACCCCGUUUGCCAGCCUCGGCGACAUGGAGCGGUGCUAUAAACGCCAGCCCCACCCCGGAUGGAAGCGCUCAUCGCCCACGGCCGUCGCUUGAUUUCGGUCGCCGGAAGCCAUCCACAGCCACAAUCACUAGCGAGAUCGACUCUGAUGGAGCAGCAACUCGCAAGGACACAAAGGCUGCUUCCGCACGAACGCCGACAGGGUACAACGCGGCGCCUGCAGGUCAACCCGCUACGAAGCCGAGCUCGUCCAUCUUGCCAUCUAUGCAGAGGAUGCUUGGAUCUAAGAGUUCGUCCAAUGUGCUCAGAGCCCGCAACCUGGAUCCAAAUCUCGACAGGGAUGAUCUGAUGGCAGAAGAGGAGAUGAAGAAGCUUGCUUCGAAACGUAAAGACUUUGAGCAUGCGGCGCGCGAUGUCGAUGCGCUUCGCAAGCGCGCUGCCCCACAAGAACGCGUUACAGCCGCCCAAGCUCUGCAGAUGGUCAACUUGAAUAUAUUUGAGAGAGGCGAGAUCAUCGACUACAAGGAGAUCUACUUUUGUGGCACAAAGAACGCGAAGAAGCAUGUUGGCGACCUCAAUGCACAAACCGCCAAUUUCGGAUAUGACGACGACCGCGGCGACUAUAACAUAGUCUUCGGCGACCACCUGGCAUACCGGUACGAGGUUGUUGAUCUACUCGGAAAAGGCAGCUUUGGACAGGUCGUGCGCUGUAUCGAUCACAAGACAGGAGGACUUGUGGCUAUCAAGAUCAUCCGCAACAAGAAGCGAUUCCAUCAGCAGGCUCUAAUCGAGGUGAACAUUUUGCAGAAAUUGCGCGAAUGGGAUCCUGACAACAAGCACAGCAUGAUCAACUUCACGCAGAGCUUCUAUUUCCGUGGGCAUCUAUGCAUAUCUACCGAGCUUUUGGGUAUGAACUUGUACGAGUUCAUCAAGGCCCACGAAUUCAAGGGCUUCUCGACGCGUCUCAUCCGCCGCUUCUGCAAACAGAUGCUCGGCUCACUGGUCCUCCUCAAGAGCCAACGGGUCAUUCACUGCGACUUAAAGCCUGAGAACAUUCUACUUGCGCAUCCCCUACAUUCAGAGAUCAAGGUCAUCGACUUCGGAUCUAGCUGUUUCGAGAACGAAAAGGUGUACACAUAUAUCCAAUCGCGUUUCUACCGAUCGCCCGAGGUCAUCUUAGGCAUGAGCUAUGGCUUGCCUAUCGAUAUGUGGAGUCUGGGCUGUAUCCUCGCAGAGCUACUCACCGGCUACCCCAUCUUCCCGGGUGAGAACGAGCAGGAGCAACUUGCAUGCAUUAUGGAGAUCUUUGGGCCUCCAGAGAAGCACCUCAUCGAAAAGAGCAGCAGGAAGAAGCUCUUCUUUGACUCUUUGGGUAAGCCAAGAGUGACGGUCUCUACAAAAGGCCGUCGUAGGAGGCCGAGCUCCAAGACAUUGCAGCAAGCACUGAAAUGUGACGACGAAGCCUUCCUGGACUUUGUUGCACGCUGUCUGCGCUGGGACCCUGAGCGCCGCAUGCGUCCGGAUGAGGCUAUGCAGCAUGAGUUCAUCACCGGGGCUCGCAGGAACGCUGGACGGCGACCUAUGGCACCUGCGAGCACCGCAUCUCCUGUCAAACGAGCACCGGUCGCUCAGAAUCCGCAGGCCCGCGUGCGACCCCUGCCGGAGCCGCCGAAGCACGGCGCCCCUGCCAACAGCAAUCAACGAGUGCCCAGUAGUUCUCCAGUAAAGGCGAACGUCCCUCGACGCCACUCAACAGUCAGCGGCCCACCCGGCCCCGGAGGAGCGGGAGUCAAGCGAACGGUGAAUGGGGCCCCAGCCCCGACUCCUGCUGCAAGUAACCUUCCACGGGUUGCUCAGCGAAGUGUAUCUGGCAAGCCUGACCUUGCCUCAGCGGCGGCCAUCGCCAGUCUUCAGAAAACGCGCUAGCCGUUAUGAACUCGGAACAGUGCUACACCUAUGGCACCGGCCAGCUAUGUUAGCAUAUCAUGACGACUUACAACUAUUUAAUACCGGCUUUGAAGUUGGAGUGAACAGGUGCGCUCUGCACAUUGCAGAGCUUGUGUGUAUUUUCCCUUCGCAGGCAUUCGUUGUAGAUGUUUAUACCCGGAAAAGCUGUGGCUUUAGGUUCAAGCGCGGAAGAAUGAAUGACGACUAUUGGAUAGGCAGGCGUGGUGAUGAGGUGACGGCUUAAGGGAACUUACAAUCGACAUUACGUUGCGACAUGUUGCUCGCGUGUCU